GCACUUGAUUGGAUUCUUUCUCUUCCUUGUCCUCACCAUAUAUACAGCAGUGAAGGUUCCGAAGGUAGUAGAUAUACAUUCACUGCAACAAUUACCUGAGAUGCUGAAAAGAGCUGAUCUGCACAAGCUUCAGUCAGAUCUAGUUGCUUGCCUGCCAGCCCUACCUCAGUUGUCUCAUUUGCAUAGACUAAAAGAGGAGUUGAGGUCGUCAUUGCCUACAAUGGAUUCCCUUUCUUCGCUAACCCGCUGGCAUCUUGUAGAACUUAUUUCAAACUGCUUCCCACAGCGAUUAUCUCAUCCCAACCAAACCCAGCAUAGCAUAUUAAAUGAGGUGGUGGCCAAUCUAAUUACACCACUGUUUGCACAUCGAAUUCCCCGGUGGCCAUUCUUUGCAUUCCUAGGUGGGGCAAUGUUCUGUCUUCUGGCAAGCAGUGUGUGCCAUCUUCUUUCUUGUCACUCCCGACGCUUCGCGUAUAUUAUGCUCCGUCUGGAUUAUGCUGGUAUUGCAGCUCUUAUUUCCACAUCCUUCUAUCCUCCAGUGUACUACUCCUUCAUGUGUGAUCCCUUCUUCUGCAACCUAUACCUUGGCCUCAUCACCCUUCUAGGGUGUACGACAAUGCUGGUUUCCCUGCUUCCAGUCUUCCAAAAUCCCGAAUACCGAUCAAUAAGGGCAGGACUCUUCUUUGGCAUGGGCAUUUCUGGAGUUGUGCCAGUGUUGCAUAAAUUGAUUGCAUUCAGGAACCAACCUGAGGCUGUGUAUACCACACAGUACGAAGUUUUGAUGGGAAUUCUGUAUGGACUUGGAGCACUGCUCUAUGCUACUAGAAUACCUGAACGAUGGAUGCCCGGGAAAUUUGACAUUGCCGGCCACAGUCACCAGCUAUUUCAUGUAUUGGUUGUUGCAGGAGCUUUAACUCACUAUAAAGCAGGGCUGGUUUACCUCAAGUGGAGAGAUCUACAAGGAUGCGCUAAAUAGGGCUCCCUACAUACGUCUUCCGUAUUGAAUAACUGUUACGUGUGAUAGUCAUUAAUUCAAACUUAGUUAUAGAUAUAAAUAUCCAGUUUCUGUUCAAAUAAAUGGUUAAAUAAACGUUGUUUACUGUUCAGGAAAAUUGCAAAGCUAAUUUUAUGUUGUAUACAAAACAGAUGUUCUAAGAAUUUAUAAAUGCUACGUGAAUUGUACGGAUAUGCUUGAGACCGUCGCCUUACAUCUUAAGUAUCAUUUUUUAUUAGCUUUA